AAGGAAGGCAUGGAAGUGGAGAUAAUAUCAAGUGAAACCAUCAAGCCAUCUUCCUUCUCACCAUCUCUAAGAUCCUUAAAGCUCUCAGUUCUUGAUCAGCUCUCUCCCUUUACUUACACCUCCCUCCUCUUCUUCUACUCUCUCAAACACUCCCAUGACCCUCUCCAUCUCUCCCACCCUCUCAAAGCCUCCCUCUCCCAUGCCCUCUCCGACUUCUACCUUCUCGCCGGCGCCAUCAAAGACAACACACAUAUCCUCGACAACGGCGUCGGGGCCCUCUUUCAGGUUGCUACAGUUCAUCGCACCAUGCCCGAGUUCUUGAACCAACCGAGCUUUGAGUCGUUGAGUCAACUCAUCCCUUUUCGAUACAUGCAAACCAAAUCGUCGUCCUCCAUGGAAGCAUCAUAUCCUCAAGUCGCCGUCCAGCUCAACGGCUUCAGCGGCGGCGGGGUGGCAGUGGGGGUCUGUUUUUUACACAAGAUCAUCGACGGGACAACACUGAGCGGCUUUCUGAGGAGGUGGGCGUCCAUGGCCGGCGGGUCAACAGAAGAGAAGGGAGGAGGGGAACAGCCGGAAUACGGCGCGGCGGCGACGUUUCCGGGGAGAGAAUUGUUGGUGGGAAAUUCAUGGCUUUCAAAAGGGUAUUCGCCAUUCGUAGGGGAAGGAAGGAUUUGCAGAAAAAGGUUUGUUUUUGACGGCGCCGCCAUUUCCGAGCUGAAAGAGGAAGUGAAAAGGAAGAGUGACAAGGUUCCCACAAGUGUGGAAGUGGUCACUGGUUUCAUAUGGAAGUAUAUGAUGAUAGCUGCAAGACAAAGCUCGGGUUCCCAACGAUCAUCGGUACUGACGCAUGCAGUCAACCUCCGGCGAAGAAUGGUACCGCCAUUACCAGCGACCUCGAUUGGAAACAUUUUCUGGAGUGCGGUUGCUCAUUACGACACACCGAAGGCCGAGAUAGAAUUGAGCGAGCUAGUUGAUCUAGUUCAGCGAUCGGUUGCGGAGAUCGACGAGGGGUUCGUACGAGAAAUGGCGGGAGAAGAAGGGUUUGAGGGAAUAUCAAGAUGGUUGAUGAGGAUGAAGGAGGUUUAUUGUUCAAAGCCAUAUGCAUAUGGGUUCACGAGCUGGCGAAAUAUGGGGCUAAACGAGGUUGAUUUUGGGUGGGGAAAGGCUUCAUGGGUGAGCGUUGCAGGACCUGAAAAUUCAGUGCUGAAGAACGUUGUCGUUUUGAAGGAAGGGAUUUUGGGAGAUGGGAUUGAAGCAUGGAUAAUGUUGGAUGAGGAUGAAAUGAACAUUUUGGAAAAUGAUCAACAAUUUCUUGCUUUUGCUUCCUUUAAUCCAACCAUCAUUUUACCUUAA